AUGAUGGAGGGCCUCACAGCCAGCUCUGCUGACAAGGAGGCUCAUAUUGAUGAUUACGAGAUCCUCCACACCAUUGGUGAAGGCACCUUCGCUAAAGUGAAGCUGGCCCGGCACACUCUGACCGGGACACAGGUGGCUGUCAAGGUCAUUAAGAAAAGGCGUCAGAGCUUAUCAACUUUCCAGGAACAUUUCCGGGAAGUGCGCAACCUGAAGGCUCUGAAUCACCCCAAUAUUGUAAAACUGCUGGGGGUGAUUGACACGGAGGAGACAUUGUUCCUUGUGAUGGAGUACCUCAGUGGGGGGGAUAUGUUCAGCUAUUUAGUGAACCAUGGCCGUAUGACAGAGGCGGAGGCCCGAGGCCCGUUCCAGCAGCUGGUCUCCGCCCUGCAGCACUGCCACGAGAGGGGCAUCGUGCACCGGGACCUGAAGCCACCGAAUAUCCUCUUUGAUUCUAACAUGAAUCUAAAACUGACAGACUUUGGCUUCAGCAACAAGUUUGAUGACACUGCCAAACUGGACACGAUCUGCGGCACACUCCCGUAUGCUGCCCCAGAACUCUUGCUGGGGCAGAGCUACAGCGGCCCUGCGUUGGACGUGUGGAGCCUGGGAGUAGUGCUCUACACCAUGGUAACUGCAUGCCGGCCCUUUGUGGGAAAAGACGCCCACGAGCUGCGGAAGCGAAUCCUACAAGGGCAGUACCCCAUCCCACCUUACCUGUCUUUGGAGAUAAGGGGUCUAUUACAAAAAAUGAUUGCCCUCAACCCCAGUGACAGAGGCACCUUACCUGACCUCAUGAGACACCCAUGGGUGAACAUGGGCCAGAAGGAGCCACUCCAGCCACCCUGUGAAGAGGACCCAGAGGUGACAAUGGUGAGGACUCUGGGCAUGACUCGCGAUCAGGUCCAGGACCCAGGAACAGGCAGUGUGAGCUCCAUGAAACAAAUGGUGGGGUCCUCCAUCAUAACUGUGAGGCCCUUGCCUUCCAGGGACCUCAGUGGCAGUGAACGUGAGCCUUCUUCAAGCUCUGAGUUGUCCAGCCUGAUAAUCAGAUGGCUCAACCAGGGAGAAAAUCUGCAGCUGCAGGAAGACCAGCAGGCAGGGCAGAAGACCAGUGAGCCUGCCUGGCCCCCUCCCAGCCUGCAGUCGACGACUGCCACCCCCAGCCUGCAGUCGAUGACUGCCACCCCCAGCUCAGCCCACCAGUGUGGCCCUGGGACAUCCCUCUCCACCAGCAGCAGGAUUGGAGCCCUAGAGGGAACCAGCUGCCCCCCGGGGGUGUCCAACACUGGAAGGUCCUCCCACGCUGAGCAGCCUGAGAGUAUGUCCUCAUCCACUCCCUCUGGCCACAGCCAGAAAAAGCAAGGGGUGGCUAGGAGAAUCUGGAAGUUUACAUUAAAACGCCUUUGUUGCAAGCUACCCUGCGAGGUGUGUUAUAAUAAAGUGAGCCCAUCUGAACCCCUUGAAUGACCGAGGCAGAAGGUCAGGCCACCACGCUCCCUGGGACCCAGUCCAGUGGAAGAUUAGUGUGUUCUCUGCGCGGCCUUCAGAACCAUCGUAUCCAAGACCCUGACCACUCAGAGGAUGGUCCGGAGCAGCCCAGGCGACUGAAAGAGAGACCACCGUGGCUGCAGGUCCACCCCUCAAUCCCCACCUGCUUGAAACUUAAGAGAAUGGACUGUCAUUCCUGGGGCACGUCUCCCCU